AUGCAACUGGCUGUGCUAACAGGAAGAUGUCCAUUAAACAAAAUGGGAGAUAUCAUGGUCUGCGCAUCAGGCUACGAAGAUGCAACAGCUUGCUGUGAAGCCUAUAACGUGUUCGAGCCUGGAUAUGAACAGUGUAGGCCAUAUUGCAACCCAGCAGCGGGGCUUCCGCAAGGAGGACUACUCUCAGAAAAAUAUAAGUGCCUGGCAAAACUGUCCGCUAUCCAGCAAUGCUUCUACGUUUCUCAAAAACCCUAG